ACCUCCCCCCCUCAAAUUCCAUCUCCCUAGACCCUAGUCCCCAGACUCCUCCCAGGACCCAGGUCCAGUCCCCUUGCCUCCUUGAAGAGCAUACGAUCUCAGUCCCUCAUUGUUCCCCCAGUGACCCAGGCUUUCUAACUUACCUGGGGAACUGAUUUCAGACCUCCAGUCUCUUGUUCUUCUCAAAGAUGUAAACUGGAACUUCUUUAUUCCCCACCCCCAGGGACCUUCAUUUUGUACCCCCAACUUUGUAGUCUUGGGACCCAAUGGACCCAAGAUUUUGCCCCUUCCCCAAAUCCUAGAGACCUUGAUCUUGGGUCUCCCAGUACUGAAUCCACUCAGGGCCCCAGUGUCUGGUAUGACAAGCACAUAACAACAGUGCUUACUUGGUGCCGGGCACUCCUCUAAGAACUGCUCCAUGAUGUAUUUACUAUUAUUAUUUCGAUUUUACAGAUAAAGAAACUGUGGCAUAAAGAGAUUAGUAACUUGCCCCAAAUCACAGCUAAUGAGUAAAGCAGUUUCAAUUUGAAUCCAGCCAGCGUAUCUCUAUAGAGUCUGUGCUAUUGUGAUUUCCAGGUGUCCCGAGUACCCACCCAGUCACUGAACUGCCCUUCCCUCACCCCCUCAGGGAGCCCAGAUGACCAGCCAUUCUCCCUUCCUCUAGCUCUGGCCCAAUCAGAUACCCAGACAUCCCAUCGUUCAGUUCCCUUCCCUUGUACUGACCCAGGAUUUCAGUUCUCCAGCUCUUAAUUCCAUAUUCCAGAUAUCUGGUUCCCUGUCCCUCAUUUUUCACCAAGCACCCAACCCUGCCAAGAGACCCAGGUACUUAGUGGUGAUCACCCCCCACCGUAAUUCAGUAACCCAAGAAUUAAAUAACAAUGAUAACAAUAAUAGUUGACAUUAAGUCCCUGGUACUGCACUUCUGUUUAAAACCCUCCACUGGUUUCCAACUGCACUUAGAAUAAAAUCCAAACUCCUCCUCUAGGCUUCAAGGGCCCUCUUUGAUUUCCCUUCCUACCACUCUCUCUCGUUCCCUAUGUUCUGGCCACACUGGCCCUUCUGUCUUCUUCUCAAACAACCUGAACUUGUUCUCAAAGGCCUGUGCACGUCCUCUCCCUGACCCGCAUUCAGAUGACUCCUGUCUGCAAGUCUCAGCUCAGAUGUCACCUCCUCAGAGAGGCCUGGCCAGAUCACCCUUUUAAAGUAGCCUCCCAUCAUUAGCAGUCUAUUUUAUUUCCUUCAAAGCCUUUAUCACUAUCUGAAAUCUAUCUUCUUCACUGAUGUUUUGUCUUUAUCGUCCCUCUCCCUCAACUAGAAGGGAAACUCCAUAAGAGCAGCAGGGCUCCCAUCUGUUUUCUUCAUUAUUAACUCCUGGUUCAUAAUAGAUGUCCAAUGAAUGUUUGAUGAGGAAAGGAAUAAACAUGUUAGGUGUGUUAGUGUACUGGUAUUACCUUAUUCGUUUAGAAUAAGUAUCAGAAUUAUUAUCAGUAUUAGUAUAUUGUCAGUAUUAUGAGUAGUAUUGUACCCACCUCAUAGAUUAGGAAACUGAGGCUCAGAGAGUUGAAAUAAUUGGUCAAGGUCCCCCGGGCAGGAAACAGUAGCCCUGGGUUCUUAACUUCCACCUCCUGCCCCCUUCUGGAGUUCCACACUUCCUCAUUUCCCAUCCCCUGACCCCCACCAUGGUGCCAACGCCACCAGCCCUCACCUCACUCCACGCUGCAGGAAUCUGGCCUCAUCCCUCAGUCUCCCAUCCCUCUGAGGAUUCAUUCCUAAGCCCCAUCAAGGAAAGCAGACAUCAGUCUCAGGACCAGUCCCAGAGCAGAGGCCUGAGAAUCAAAUCCUCCCAUCCCUGAUGCUUGCCCCACCUGAGGGCCCCAGCUCUGUUCCCUUCCUGCCAAGGACGCAUCAUCUCAACCGCAGGAGGGAGCCCCAGAAGAUGCCUGUCUGGGGGCAGUGGGUGGGGGCCCAGAGAAUGAGGAAUCCGAGUGCCUGGGCCCUCCCUCUGGCUGCAGACCUCAGCUGGGUGUGGUGAGGGUGGGUAUAAAAGGGUCAGUAUAUAUUGAGAGGAGCAGAGAAAGAGAAACCAGGAGAGUGAGGAGAGAGAGGAGGAAGGAGGUACAAACAGUGAGGACAGGACCGAGAGAGACGAGAGGCAGAAGGAGAGAGAGAGGGAGAGAGGGAGACGGGGAGAGAAAGAGAGUUCCGGGAUUGGAGGGGAGAAGGAGGGAGAGAGCAAGAGGGGAGAGGGAGGGAGGGAGGGAGAAAGGCGGUGAGAGGCGGGGGCCUCGACAGGGUGGAAGGAGGGAGGAGAAGGGCGGGGCACGGAGGCCCAAGCGAGGGACCAGACUCAACUCUGACUUUUUCCGCCGCGCUCGAAUUCAGACAUGUCCCCCGCCCCUGUGCCAACCUCUUGACGUGAUGGUCUCCUGACGUCCCCACCCAGGCUUCCAGCGCAGCCAUGUCACUCCUCCUGCUGGUGGUCUCUGCCCUUCACAUCCUCAUUCUCAUCCUGCUUUUCGUGGCCACUCUGGACAAGUCCUGGUGGGCCCUCCCCGGGAAGGAGUCCCUGAAUCUCUGGUACGACUGCACAUGGAACAGUGACAACAAAACGUGGGCCUGCAGUAAUGUCAGCGAGAAUGGCUGGCUGAAGGCGGUACAGGUCCUCAUGGUGCUUUCCCUCAUCCUCUGCUGUCUGUCCUUCAUCCUGUUCAUGUUCCAGCUCUACACCAUGCGGCGAGGAGGGCUCUUCUAUGCCACUGGCCUCUGCCAGCUUUGCACCAGCGUGGCGGUGUUUACCGGGGCGCUGAUCUACGCCAUUCAUGCCGAGGAGAUCCUGGCGGAGCGCCCAUCAGGGGGCAGCUUCGGUUACUGCUUCGCCCUGGCCUGGGUGGCCUUCCCCCUCGCCCUGGCCAGCGGCAUCAUCUACAUCCACUUGCGAAAGCGGGAGUGAGGGCCGCGCGUCCCCUCGUCUCCCCAGCCGGCUCCCGGCCCCUCCACCUCACCCCGAAGCCCCCACCCCGCCUCCAGAAAAUAAAACCAUUUAACCGCUCGUU